AUGGAUCAGAAACUGUCCAAGUUGGUAGAAGAGCUCACAACUUCGGGGGAACCCCAGCUGAAUCCUGAGAAAAUGAAGGAACUGAAGAAAAUUUGCAAGUCUUCAGAGGAGCAGCUCAGCCGUGCCUACCACCUGCUCACGGCCCAGCUGAGCCAAGACCACGCCGAGAUCCGCCUCUCCGCAUUCCAGGCCAUAGAUGAGCUCUUCGCCCGGUCCCAUCAGUUCAGGAUGCUGGUUGUUGCCAACUUUCAGGAGUUUCUGGAGCUCACACUGGGCACCGACCACGAGCAGCCCCUGCCGCCUCCCAGGGAGGUGGCCCAGAGGCUGCGUCAGGCUGCCACCCGGGCCAUCCAAGGGUGGAAUGAGAAGUACGGUGCAGCCUACAAGAAGCUCGCCUUGGGCUACCACUUCUUAAGACACAGCAAACAGGUGGAUUUUCAGGACGUGAGCGCGCGGACUCUGGCAGAAAGAAAGCGGGAGGAGGAGAAGCGGAAGCGCUUGGAUAGAAUCUACAGGGAGAGGUCUGAGCAGGCCAUCAGGGAGAUGGAGGAGAUGUCCGAGGAGAUUCGGUGCUGUCUCACGGAGGUGGAGAGCUGCUUCAGGCUGCUGCUGCCCCUGGACCUCGCCACAGGCCUGGGCGCCUCGUUGUCCACGGUGGCCUUCAGUGUGUCUGAGCAGAGUGCCCCUUGCCAGGCCGGCGCUGGCAGUCACGGGGACGAGGAGCAGCCCUGCUGUAGCAAGACCCUGCCCGCCUGGGCCGGCCAUCCGGGAGCUGGCAGUGGGGAGGGGCCGCCGCAGACGGCCACAGGGGCCGAGGAGGAGGACAGCGACAGCGACGAGGAAGGGUUUGUGCGGCGCCAUGGACUGGGCUCCCACAAGUACACGCUAGACGUGGAGCUCUCCUCAGACAGCCUGAGGGUGCGUGAGGACGAGGACAAUCACGCUGUCAUCCACUCCGCCCGGGACGCGCUCAAGCUUAUCCAAAACACCUUCCUGCCAGCUGUGUGCUCCUGGGUCCAG